AUGAGCGCUCCAGGAGCACCGAAAAAGUCUCGUCGCUCACAUGAAUGUAUUCCGGAUAUAAUGAACGACUGUGGCAUAGGGGCUGUCUGGCUGUCGGAGGAAAAAGCACUAGAAGUCUCAUCCAGUGAUGAGGCAUUCUAUUUUGUUGCUGUGUUUCGUGGUCGCAUAUUCGAGCAUCUUAAGAAGAUAGGUGUAAAUCUCUAUGGAGUUCAUGUUGUACGACAAACAUUGAGUACAGGUGGCUGUUUACCACGUUGGGAUUUUCCAGUGUAUGCGCUUAAUCUGACGGGCGCCUGUGUUUGCUUCACGGGCUUGUCUUUGCAAAAACGGGAGGAAUUGAAAGUAAAAAUUAACUACAUGAAUGGUGUGGUCUCUCCUUCUCUGACUGAAAAAGUAACACAUCUCGUCACCGACUACUGUGAUACUGAGGCUCGGCGAAUGGGACUACCGAUCAUGUCUCCGUUAUGGAUAAACGAAGCUUGGGAGGCUGCUCAGGCCUUCUCGCUCGAAAAUUUGCUGAUUUUUUUAAAGGUUAUCACUGCUACUGGAGUAGGUGGAAGCGAACGUAUGGAUAUUGCUCGCCUGAUUGAACUGAAUGGAGGACGGUUUUCUGGUGACAUGAAGCGCAGUGAAUGCACACACCUUAUAGCUGACAAAACUAGAGGUGUAAAAUUCAAAAAAGCUCGUGAAUGGAAUACGAUUAAAAUCGUUCGAUCAUCUUGGCUACGUAAAUCUGUGAUAGCUGGUUAUGUUUUACCAGAGAGGUAG